ACACCGUGUAACAACGUGACCUUCUACCAAAUUUUCUUGUAGGAAGUCUGAAAACGCAUGUGCGGGCGAGGAUUUCACAUUCCAUGAGGUAUAACAGAAUGAAGAUGCUUUUUGUGAUCAAUCAUUUGAUGAACAACGAGCGGUAAAUAAUAUCGCUAAUGAUAUUUAUUGGCUCGGGUGUCUCGUGCAAAGAAAGCUGAUUUUGACGGUCCUGCUGAGGGAGUGAACGGUUUUUGUUACAAUGCUGCGACACUUCUCAGCCAGAUGCUGUAAUUUGCUAUUGAAAAGGACAUUUUUGACAUCCACGAACAAACCGGUCUUUGGUACCAGACCUUACAGAGAGCCCAUCCUCGUAAGUCACUUCUGUACAGGUAACACUGUGAAGAAGGAUGGCCUCGACAUUAAAGGAGUUCUAUCCGAGGAAAAAGAAGCGCUAGAUCUUGACAAAUGGAAGUCUGUAAUGAGAUCACAAGCAGCAUUCCAGGAGCAAAAACUUUCUCGUGGAGUGGAAACAACCGAGGAUGAUGAUGAUGAUGACCUGGAAAGUGCAGGUGAUGAUGUGAAGGACAGCUCCUCAUUGGAGGCAACUCGUGAGCUGGUUUCCAUGUGGCGUCAAGCUGGGAAAUUUGUACCUCAGGAAAUGACCGAGGAGGACUUAGAGACGCUGGCAGGCCUCACCACCAAGUCCUCCCGUAAAAAGUACCUGAAGUACCUGGCUGUCAAGGAGGGUCACAAACAGGCCCGCAAGGAGAAGCAGCAGAAGAAAAAGGCUGACAAAGAGGUUUCAAUGAAGCAGAGAAAGGAGUUGGAAAACAAUGAAGAAGAAGAAGGCGAUCAAGAUGGACACAGACUGAAAAACACAAUGUUUCUCCAGUUCUGGGACCGCACCCUGGACAAACUGUUGGGCUGGAGAACCGCUCAGGCAAUGCGGUUUGGUCAACCAAUUGUUUUUGACUUGAGCUAUGCAUCCAACAUGUCCAGGCGGGAGAUGGAGAACACGGUGUCUCAGCUGAUGGAGGUGGAAGGGUGGAACCGGCGUGCAACAGAGCCCUUUCACCUUCACUUUUGCAACCUGCAGCCAGACAGCCUCUACAAAAAGGAGCUAGUGAAGCGAUACGGCGCAGAGACCUGGGACCGCCUGCUCAUCACCAGCACUGAGCAACAUUAUAUUGAUAUGUUCCCCAGGGAACAGCUCGUUUACCUCACUGCAGACUCCCCCAAUGUCCUGCGCAGCUUUGAUCACUCCAAGGUCUACAUCAUCGGAGCCCUGGUGGACAAGUCCAUCCAGUCUGGACUGUCUCUAGCCAACGCCAAGCGCCUGAAACUAGCAACAGCUCGCUUACCACUUGAUGAGUAUCUUCACUGGGAAAUGGGAGCCAAAAAUUUGACUCUGGACCAGAUGAUUCGCAUCAUGCUGACAAUCAAAGAUUCGGGGAAAUGGGAAGAAGCCUUACAGUUUGUGCCGAAGCGGAAACACGAUGGCUUCUAUCAACGGCAGACACAAACAGAGGUUUCAAAUGACAGACCCAGAAAUGUGAAAAAACAUGCACUGAGAAAGAGUGGUGACGUGUUUGUGAGAUCUGAGGCAAAAGUCACUGGGCAAGCAUUUAAGAACCAGACUGUUUACAAAUCCAAUCAUGACAGAAUGACUGGACAAAACUGCACCAGAAAAAGUUCUCCAGCUGCAACUAAAGUGCGUACAUCGUUCAAAAGCCAAAUGGAAGCAAGAAAAACGGGAGACAAGCCCAGGAUGUGGUGGCACGAGUGACAGGAAAUAACUGCUGUUAACAUGGACAUGUGUUAGAAAGUAUAAACGUAAGAAGUGGUGCGGAAACUGUUCAAAUAUCCACUUUGUUUUCACACUGGGUGAAAACAAAGAUCAGUUGUUUUUUUGUCUGUACAAAUGACAAGAAUAUGAUUUCUUUAAAAGGUAGAAACUUCUUUGGUCUUUAUUUUAGUCUGACAGAAAACAGGAUGCUUAAAUAAUAUUUUGACAGUUUUACAGUAAAUAAAAUUAUACCCAUUACUGUAAAGUUUUCUAUACAGAUGAAAUACAGCUUAAUAUUAUAGCGCCUGUCUGUUUUGUUCUUAAAUACUGCAUCAUGUAAGUAAAUUCAUAGUGUAUUCUAAGCAAAAAAUAAAAAGAUAAAAAUAGAAUCUGA